AUGGGAGAACAGUCCGAUUAUUCCGGUUAUGCUUUGGUAUUUGUCUUAUAUCUACGUAAAUUAAAAACGUUGUUAUAUAUAUUGGGAAACAAUCUUAUAUCAUGAUCAUCUUUAUAUGCUUGUUUGUAUGACUUGACUUUAUCAUAUGGUUUGUUACUCUACAAUAUUUCCAAAAUCCAAAACCAACAUUACCCGUCGUCGGAUGUAGGAUGGAAGUAAAUUUUAUAUAAGUUUAAAAAUAUAGCUAGAAAAUAAUAUUUACUAAGAAAAAAUAACUAAAAUUUAAGCAUAUCAAACAAAUUAAUUAUGAAAAUUUUAUAGUGGCUCUUGCCCUCUCCUUGAGUAUUGUAGGUUCGGCACUACUCAGACCUGAGGAAAGAGAAUAAUCCUGGUUCGCCACUGAGACCUGAGGAAAGAGAAUAAACUUGCAAAGAAGGGUAGUGUAGUACAUAUGUGUGGACGACUUUAAACAAGUCUUUAUUUUUCUUAAUUAGUUUUCCCAACGGCAGAGACUCAUCUUAGACGAGUUUGGACAAAUUUUUUAUAGUCUCAACUUCCAGAUGAAGAAAGAAUACAAGACAGACGCAUCUAUGGGCCAGACACAGGGCGUUGACUCUAAAGGCAAAGGCAAAGAGGUUUCCGGUUCGAUGGUAGAGCCAAGGCACGGUGUUGACUCUAAAGGCAAGGGCAAAGAAAUUUUCGGUUCCGUUGGAGAGAUCAUUACCGGGCCAUCGCCUUUUGAUGACUUGCCGGAAGAUUGCAUUUCAAACAUAGUCGCUUUUACAAGUCCUAGAGACGCAUGCGUCUCUAGUUCGGUUUCCAAAACCUUCGAAUCUGCGGUCCGGUCAGAUAGUGUAUGGGAGAAGUUUCUUCCGUUGGAUUAUACUUCUCUGGCUCCUGCAUCGAGAGCUUUCUCAUCAAAGAGAGAGCUUUAUUUCGCUCUUUGCGAUCAUUUUCUAAUCGAUGAUGGCAAAAAGAGCUUCUGGCUAGAGAAAGGGAGUGGGAAGAAGUGUGUGAUGUUAGCUGCAAGAGCACUAUGGAUUACAUGGGGAUCAAGUCCUGAGUAUUGGCAAUGGAUCUCAAUGCCUGAAUCUAGGUUUGAAGAAGUAGCUGAGCUUCGCAACGUAUGUGCUUUUGAGAUGGGUGGUACUAUGAAUACUCAAGUCCUGUCUCCGGGAACUCACUACUCAGCUUACUUUGUAUACAAGAUAAGGAACCAACGUCAUGGCUUCCGGGAUCUGCCAAUACAAGUUGGAGUUGGGUUCAAGGGACAAGAUAUGCCUAAAAAUUUCAUAUGUUUUGAUUUGUCUAACGAUGUAAACAAACAGUGGCCAAGAAAGGAGCUAAUGAAAUCGGAGAAACGGGAAGAUGGGUGGAUAGAGGCAGAGAUUGGAGAUUUUUUUAAUGAAGAAGGUUGUGAUGAAAUUGAAGUGAGUAUUGUUGACAUUACUUCAGGGAAUUGGAAGUGCGGUGUGAUCAUUCAGGGAAUUGAAUUCCGGCCAAGGGAUUGUCGGUAAAUCGAUACCGGUUUAGUGUGGUGGAAAACCGGUUUGAUGUUCUGUUGUAAUCUCUUUGGAAAAAGACUUGUGACAUGAUUUAAAGUUUGUGGAUUGUGAGGUUUGUGAUUUUUUUUUUAUGUUCUUCAUUCUCGUAUGAAAUCAAUUCAAUAAAGUGAAUUUGUGUGUGUUUUCA